CGAAAGCCAAGUGUGCACAACAUAGCUGGGUCCUUUCUACUACUUUCUAACUCCCUGGGUAGAACUAACAAGAUCUAGUACGAUUGCUCAACCGCCCUAAGAGACUGAAGGGCUUCUGAACAGCAUGCUACUAUCAAGUUCUGCACUUGCAGCAACCUAUCCUCUGCCAUGUUGAUGACCUAGGUGUGACCUUCCCGACUUUCGAAUACCCUCCAGUGAAACGAAUCUCCAUCUACACGGAGCAUCACCGGCUGAAGACCUGUUUGAAGACUGCCUCGAUUCCUACUUAUACAUAUUUUUACAUACGUGUGCUAUGAUGGAGGCCAAGAGCAAUGCAACAGACGGAUACAUUCCUGGGGCUUGGAAGCACGGGUCCAAGACCUCUGCUGGUUGACACGGUGCAAGGGGGCAUUAAGCUGUUGGACGCAGUGGUGUACGCGAAUCAUUUGAUUUGCUGAUCUGCCACGGCCGCGGAUACGAUGUCUCGUACUAGGCCACCUGCAAAGUGGCGAGGCAAGGUCUGGGAAAUGCUCGCGAGAGUCUUCUCCGCCGACCUCGAGGACCGUUGUCAUCAAAAUGACAUGGGGUAUCAGAUUGAAAUUCCAAAGGGAAGGCAUAAGCCCCAGCCCCCCACAUCGAAGGUAUCCUCAAUCUACUAGCUUCUCAAAAUCUGAUAGUAACGGCCGUCCGGGAGCUGCCACCCUUUAUCCGGCCCAGCUACUUUUCACUCCUGAAUCAAUUUGACUAGCCGAGACCGCGCGCCCUUGACAUUGCCCUAUCAUCGAAGUCCCUUAAGGCAACCCGGUUGUUUGCUUACGGGACGCCCUCUCCGAGGUUGCGCAAAUAUGAAUGACAUGGACGCAAGAAGUCUUUUCCAUUCGGGCGGGCCGCCGGAUGUUGAUACAACUUUGUGCAGCCCGGGAUACUCCUGAAACAAGACUUGUCUCUGACCCGACCCCCCUCGCCCAUCCAGAGAAUUUUGGAUUUUCCAGACCAAAUAUCCAUGUGCGAGAGAAAGCCGACUGCGGGUACCAGGUGAGCUUCAAUUGCGAAGAGAACUAAAAAGCAAUGUCUCCCAUUCGCCAGUUUUUCAGGCCUCUGUUCGUAUUGCUAUCUCGACCAACGAAAAAUUGAUUCAUGCAGCUUAGCAAACAAUGGUUUCAAGGAACCUCGCCUCGUGGCCGGGAAUAUCCCAAGAUGGCUGCUCUCUGGGAAGUUGCAUGUCUUCAAUCGGAUGCGACUUUUACCACAAAGUUGAGCUCUUUCAAUGAGUCCAUUGGUCCGUUAUGAAACUUUUCUUUUCCUCCUUCUCCCUUUCUCCAGACACCCGGGAUGUAUCAAUCCAUGUUCGAGGGUGGCCUUGAGGCUCACCCCUGGGCAAGAUGUGAUCUGAUAAUAAUGCAAGCAAACAAAUCCUCCUGCUGCAGAUAUCCUUGAGAUACGCGCUACUAAGCCUGGUAGAUGCGAUCUAUUUUCAGCCUCCCUUUUUCCAGAUGGAUACCGUGGCACGCGUCGAUUCGCGUCGGCACGGUGGAAUAAGAAUAUCCUCUUCGAAAAUUGCAUUCCCACAUCGUUCUACCGCUUCUGCCUCCGACGGACCCUUUCCGCCCUUUACACGUUAAACGAUGCCUCAAGCUUCACUGCAAACAAAGGCCCGGGUGGGAGCGGGACUUAUACUGCUGUUUGGUCAACGGAUUUCAGAGGCCAAAUUUGGGAAGCUUGCUAUGUAUAUGCAAUAUGUCUACGGGAUAAGUCCUGCUCGACUCCGGGAUAUCCUGCAGGAACUCAAUCGGGAUGCCGCCAAUAUUGUGUCGAAUUGGAAUAAGAAACUUACCGAACUGAGGGAGGUGACCCAAUUCGCCGAUGACACUCACUCUCUAGACCCAGCUGGAACACAGACCACCUUGGUUAACGAUGUGGGAAGUGACGGCAACGCCGAUUCGGAUGACAGGCCGAGAAGCAAGAAGCGAAAAGGCGUUCCAUCCUCUUCGCGUUCAGCUGGAAAACGACGGUGUGAUCGACUUACACCUUCCAAGGAGCCACUGCUGAUCGAACCGCAACGCCUGGAGAGUUCGAGUUCCUCUGUCCAGCGCCAACCAGGCAUUUAUGUCGAGAUACCCCCAAAGAGCCGUACUCCUAAAAACAGGCCGACCGCGGAAGGGCCAGAGAUCUUCGACUUGCCCCCGACGAGGGAAAGUUCGCCGGCGACGACACCCUCGCAUAAGUAUGCCAAAAUGUCAGGAGCCCUUGGUCAAGAACAAGUCGAAAGAACUCCACAUCCCCUGGCUGGGACCGAUACAACUAGCAGGACUUCGGCUGUUGCCGGCAGGCGUGGGAAUGAGAGGUCUACCGAUGCUAUACAUGACGCGAGGAUGACCCCAGUUUCGGCAUCGCCAACAAGCUCAGCGACUGGGCAGGGUCGUGCAAUGCCCCGUGGAGGACUCCAAAAGCGCACAGACAAGGACGACAAUCUGAAAGAAGAUGGCCACAAUCUUAAGAGGUCUCAGGGAAGCCCGGCAAGGCGCAACCGUCGUUCAGUCGAUGCAAGUGAAGAUCUCUUCGAACCUACGUACAGAGUUGAUGAAGAGCGCCAGCUGCUGUUUGACGACGACAACAACAUCAUAUUCGACGGCACAAACCUUGAUGGACCCGAUCAGGAUGAACAAGUCCAAUUCUCCCCUUAUUUCUCCAGGGCCGGCGUCGGUGGCCGAAGUGGCUCGGAAAGUACCGAGGAUGAUGCGGCAGCUGAUCAGCUUCGUUCGGAGGCAUUUGCUCAACGUCAACGACCACGGUCAGCAACUGUGCCAAGCUCAAGCUCCCAGCAAGUGCGGCAGGGUUCACGCAGCGACCCUGUGGAAAUCAAGUCGGAAAGUGACUCGGAUCGUCCCUUGUCCCGAGUAGGCGGUGAUCGAGCUGGAAAGCUUGCGACAAGGGAGAAGAGCUUGAAAAAGCAAACCAAGUCAAGCAAGCAGCGGGAGACUGUCUCUGGGUCAGCGACGAACAUCGCACGUGGAGAGCGCUCGUUGCAAUCCGCCCGACCCCCCAAACAAGCUUUGUCCAUUGCUGCCUCCACACGGCGAGGGAAUACUGCACCACCGCAAUCUCCUGGCACCCCCAAGCAAUCCAAAGUCCAAAGGAAGAAACGUAAUACUCCUCAGGCUGACAAGGUGCGCACUGGCGUCAAGAAGGAGCGGAAGGAGAAGAACCUGGCACGGAUCCCCAAGAACUCGGGGCUUGGUUCAAGUUAUAUGCCUUCUGCUUCCAGGUCGUCGCAGGUCAUACCCGCCGCAAGCGCACUUCCUUCAAGUACACAGACAGGACCAAGGCCGGGUUCGAACGCCGCUGUGCACCCUCGAAAUGUGGAUGUUCAAGCUGCCCUGAGACGUGAAAGAGAGGCAAGACCCAACUCCGCCGUCCCCUCCAGCUCAACUCCUCACACUACAACCAGCACCCUUGCGAGAAGGUCCUCGGCCUUGUCGAAGACGAGAUGAUCCCGACAAUGACACCAUGGGGCCUGGGAUAGUCCAAGCCAAUCAGAACAAUAUGCUUGGUACGAUACCUCCUGCGCAAGCUCAGAGAGUCCAGCCGACAUGCGAACCACCUCAGGCUCAAUCUGCGCAGCCACAACAACUGCCGGUCACGACCUCAAGCUGGAGAAGGCGUUCAUGGUCUCGUCACUCACGCAGCCCGUCUGGCGAGUCGUCGUACAACCUUUGGGGACUGUUCCGUAUGCGCACAACAUGGGACGAUGAGGACAACACGGCGGUGGAAACUGAUUCCGAGCUGGAAAUCGUGGGAGUGCCGCGGCCAAGGCGCUGGGGGCCUUUGCCCACGACGCGCUCCCGGGGAAAACCCUGAAGAUCGGACAACGUGAGACUGUUCCCAUGGACAUGACAUCCAUCAGUGCCAGGACUUAAAGAUUGAGAAGAUGAGGGUGUUUUUUGGAAUUAAAACUUGGAGUUUUGUUGUUCUGUUUACAUGAUGUUGUUACAAUGACGCCACGACAAACCAGCUCUAAGCUGACUCGCUUUCGCAACUCAAGUACUUCAUGCAGCACUUUAUAUCUCGGGUAUCAAAUGUCAAAAAUCUUGCUCAAAUGGCACAA